AUGUGUGGAGCACAUACAGGUUUGGUUGGAAAUGUUACUAAAGCUGUAUUGGAGACUGGUACUGCAACACCAAUGGCUAUUCACUGCAUUAUACACCAGCAAGCUUCGUGUGGGAAAAAUGCACCAAUAUCUGAAGUUAUGAAUAUUGUUGUGCAGAAUGUAAAUUAUAUUCGAAGAAGUGCUCUCAGUCACCGUCAGUUUAAGAACUUUCUUGCUGAAAUUGAAAGCGAGUACCCAGAUAUCAUUGUGAAGUUCGUUGGCUCAGCCGAGAAACUAGCUUUUCUCGUUGAUAUAACUCAGCUCCUAAAUGAGUUGAAUUUAAAACUGCAAGAAGCAAACUCGUUAAUUUCAGAUACAUAUUCCUACAUCAAAGCGUUAAAAUUAAAAUUAACUCUAUUUACGAAUCAAUUAAUAGAAAAAAAUCUUGCCCAUUUUCCAACAUGCAACAAAUUCAAACUUGAAAAUAAUGAAGAAUUCCCUACCGAUUUUGCUGUUGGAGUUCUCACCUACUUGAAUGAGCAGUGCCAGACGCGGUUUAGAGAUUUUGAAAGUGCAGAAGACCGUAUUCGAAUUUUUGAAAAUCCGUUUGCCAUAAAAAUAGAAACUUUACCGACAGACCUCCAGCUUGAAGUUAUCGAGCUCAUAUCAAAUAACAAUUUUAAAGACUAUUUCAAGGAAUCCAGUCUCCAACAAUUUUACGCCAUGUUGCCAGAGGAAUCAUUUCCAAAUCUCAAAAAACAUGCGCGUGAAAUGAUGUCAAUAUUUAGCUCAACAUACUUAUGUGAGCAGACGUUUUCAAAAAUGAAAUACGUCAAAUCUAAGUACAGAACUAACUUAAGUGACGAACACUUACAAGCUACUCUGCUAAUUGGAACCACGAAGUUUGAUGCAAACUAUCAAGACAUUUUAAAAAACAAGCAGUUCCAAACGUCUCACUAA